AUGGACACUUGUGCGGCCCGUAAUCAUGAGCAAUUCAAGCAAAAGAACACUUUCCAUUCGUUUCCCUGUAUCGCGGUUGUCGUCCACAACGGUGGUCUGCUUCGAACACUGGAACGUGGUGAGCACAUGCUGUUAGCCGUAAAACGUUUGCAAGUGCGAAUCCAGCUAAUUAAUUAUAGUCCCGCACGUAACAUCACGGCUGAGGAAGGCGAAGUCGCCGAAACGUCAGCCAUCGAUCAAUAA